CUUCAUCAUCUUCAUCUUCUUGUCUAGGGUUUCGUUUCUAUUAUAUUGAAGAUCAAAACUUUAAAUCAAGCUGAAAAUGAGAGAAUCAUCACGGUCGCAAUCGGUGACGCAGACGGUGAACGGAUCGCACAGCCUGACGAUAAGAGGAUACUCUCUUGCGAAAGGGAUGGGCGUCGGGAAGCACAUCGCCAGCGAGAGCUUCUCCGUUGGAGGCUACGACUGGGCCAUCUACUUCUACCCAGACGGCAAGAAUCCCGAGGACAACGCCGCCUAUGUCUCCGUCUUCAUCGCCCUCGCCAGCGAAGGCUCCGACGUCAGGGCUCUCUUCGAGCUCACCCUCCUCGACCAGUCCGACCACCGCCCCAAGCACAAGGUCCACUCUCACUUCGACCGCUCCCUCGACACCGGCCCUUACACCCUCAAGUACCGCGGCAGCAUGUGGGGUUACAAGCGCUUUUUCAAGCGGACUCUGCUUGAAUCGUCGACUUUCCUAAAGAACGAUUGCUUGAAAAUUAACUGCACAGUUGGCGUUGUGGUCUCUGCAAUGGACAGCUCAAGAUUACAGUCUGUACAUGUCCCCCAAUCUGACAUUGGAGUCCAUUUUGGUAUGUUGUUGGAGAAUGAGGAAGGCUCCGACGUUACUUUCAAUGUCUCUGGGGUCAAAUUCCCUGCUCACAAGCUGGUUAUGGCUGCUCGUUCUUCUGUAUUUGAAAAAGAAAUUUUUGACGGAAUUGAAGAAGAUAAUCCUGAAAUUGUUAUCACAGAUAUGGAACCCGAUGUUUUCAAGGCUUUGUUGCACUUCAUAUAUAGAGAUACGCUUAUGGAAGGCGUGGAUUCCUUAAAUUCAAGUUCGUCUUCGUCCGAGACAUUAGCCGCAAAGUUGUUAGCAGCGGCAGACAAGUAUUUGUUGCCCAGAUUGAGAUUGAUGUGUGAAUCUGUUCUCUGCAAGGAUAUAUCUGUAACGUCUGUCUCUAAUAUCCUGGCUUUGGCUGACCGCCACCAUGCCACAGAUCUAAAAUCCGUUUGCCUGAAAUUUGCUGCUGAAAACCUACUCGGUACGCCAUUGUAUACUUUGCUUUUUGUUUUUUGUUUUUUUUGUCUUUUUUGUCCUCAUGCUCUCUAUUUAGUUUUCAACAAUAUGAUCAGCAGUUUUUAAUAGCUGAGAGCAUAACACCUGUUUUUGCAAUGGUGCCCUUGGAUCUUGCAGUAGUUAAAACCACAUAUAGUUAGUUGCAUUUAAGAUGACCAAAGUGUUCUGUGUUUAUUUGCUUCUUGUCAUGUAUGACAAACAAUGUGAACAACGUUUAUUUUUACCUGAAGGUGUUAUUGUUUGGACAUGUUUAUCGAUCCUAUGGUUAUGGACAAAACUUGGAAGAGACUUGGUGGAGU